CUAACACAACUCAGGAUAAUACCUGCCUGAUCUUCUCCGAGAAACCAAGCGGAAAUCAAUCCAAAAGCCAACCAUGAAGCUGUUCGUUGUUUUCGCCCUCUUCGCCGCUGCCGCUUAUGCUGCACCUCAGCUUGUACCAGAAAACAAUGUAGUGCUGGUCAAGGAAACGCCUUCUGACAACAUUGGUGUCGGUGGCUACAACUACGGCUACGAACUGUCCAAUGGUCAGGCUCACCAGGAAACCGCUGAAGUAAUCAACCCUGGAACUGAAAACGAGGCUCUCGCUGUUCGUGGUAGCUUUAGCUGGGUUGAUCCGCAGACCAACAUCAGAUACAACGUCAACUAUGUCGCUGAUGAAAAUGGCUUCCAUCCCCAGGGUGACCACAUCCCCGCUUAAAUU